ACACAAGGAAAAUUAACUGAGACUGCACCAGGCGUCACUAACCAAUAAAGGAAAAUCCUGACCGCUGGGAGAAAAGCCGAAGCUCCUCAAGACUGAGAAAGGAAAAAAUAUCCUGGAUCCUUCCAGUUAAGUGGAACAUCUGAGGUUUAUGACUGCUGGGAGCCGUGGCUGGGACCUGUAGGGAGGAAACAAUGGCAGCCAGAAGGUCAUGCUUCCCCGGACAAAGGCAAGUGCUAUUUCUCUUUCUGUUCGGGGGACUGUGUUUGGCAGGUUCUGAGUUUGGACGUUAUUCAGUAGCCGAGGAAACAGAAAGGGGAUCAUUUGUGGCGAAUCUGGCAAAGGACCUAGGGCUAGGGGUGGAAGCGCUAGCUGCAAAGAGAACCAGGGUGAUUUCUGAUAAUAACAAACAGCCUUUGCUCCUGGAUUUUCACACCGGAGACUUGCUCACAAAUGAGAAACUGGACCGGGAGAAGCUGUGUGGCUCCACAGAACCCUGCAUACUGUAUUUCCAAAUUUUAAUGGAUAACCCCUUUCAGAUUUACCGGGCUGAGCUGAGAAUCGUGGAUAUAAAUGAUCACUCACCUGCAUUCCAGGACAAAGAGAUGAUUUUAAAAAUACCAGAAAGCAAAGCUGUAGGAGCAGCAUUUCGCUUAGAAAGAGCCCUAGACUCAGAUGGAGGACGCAAUGGCAUCCAAAACUACACCAUCAGCCCCAACCCCUUUUUUCAUAUUACAGUUCAUAACAACGAUGAAGGGGUGAUAUAUCCAGAGCUGGUGCUAGACAAACCUCUAGAUUGGGAGGAGGAGCGGGAGUUCAGUUUAACACUCACAGCAUUUGAUGGCGGGUCUCCGCCCAGGUCUGGAACAGCCACUAUACAGAUUCUGGUCAUGGACAUCAAUGAUAAUGCCCCCAAGUUUUCCCAGGAACUUUAUCAAACCCAGGCACCAGAAAAUAGCCCAGUAGGACUUCCUGUUGUUACGGUCUCUGCAGAAGAUGUAGACUCAGGAGUCAAUGCAGAAGUAACCUAUUCGUUUUUUGAUGCUUCCGAAGAUAUUCGAGCAACCUUUCAAAUCAACCCUUUCUCCGGGGUAAUCGUGCUCAAAGCCUUGCUUGAUUAUGAGUUGGUAAAGUCCUACAAGUUAAAUAUACAGGCAGUUGAUGGUGGGGGCCUUUCUGCUAGAUGUAUGGUUCUAGUUCAUGUUUUAGACAUCAAUGACAACCCCCCUGAACUGAUCAUAUCAUCGCUUGUCAAUGAAGUUGUUGAGAACUCUCCUGAAACUGUGCUGGCAGUUUUUAGGAUUAACGACAGAGACUCCGGAGAAAAUGGAAAGACGGUUUGCUACAUUCAAGAAAAUCUGCCUUUCUUUCUAAGACCCUCUGUAGACAAUUUUUACAUCCUAACGACAGAAGGAGCUCUGGACAGAGAGAGCAGAGCUGAGUACAACAUCACCAUCACAGUCACCGACAUGGGCACACCCAGGCUCACAACACAGCACACCAUAAGGGUGCAGGUGUCUGACGUCAACGACAACGCCCCCGCCUUCACACAAACCUCCUACACCCUGUUUGUCCAGGAGAACAACAGCCCCGCCCUGCACAUAGGCACCAUCAGUGCCACAGACUCAGAUUCAGGCUCCAAUGCCCACAUCACCUACUCUCUGCUGCCCACCCACGACCCUCAGCUAGCCCUCGACUCGCUCAUCUCCAUCAACGCAGACAAUGGACAGCUCUUUGCGCUCAGGGCGCUGGACUACGAGGCCCUGCAGACCUUCGAGUUCCACGUGGUCGCCACAGACCAAGGCUCUCCUGCGCUCAGCAGCCAGGCGCUGGUGCGAGUGCUGGUGCUGGACGCCAACGACAAUGCGCCCUUCGUGCUCUACCCGCUGCAGAACGCCUCUGCACCCUGCACAGAGCUGCUGCCCAGGGCGGCAGAGCCAGGCUACCUGGUCACCAAGGUGGUGGCAGUGGACCGCGACUCUGGACAGAACUCCUGGCUGUCGUUUCAGCUGCUCAAGGCCACAGAGUCCGGGCUGUUCAGCGUGUGGGCUCACAAUGGCGAGGUGCGCACCUCCAGGCUGCUGAGUGAGCGCGAUGCUCCCAAGCACAGGCUGCUGCUGCUGGUCAAGGACAAUGGAGAUCCUCCAAGGUCUGCCAGUGUCACUCUGCAUGUGCUGCUGGUGGAUGGCUUCUCUCAGCCCUACCUGCCUCUGCCAGAGGUGGCGCGCGACCCCGCCCAGGAUGAGGAUGUGCUCACUCUGUACCUGGUCAUUGCCUUGGCUUCUGUGUCUUCUCUCUUCCUGUUGUCUGUGCUGCUGUUCGUGGGGGUGAGGCUGUGCAAGAGGACCAGAGCGACCUCUCUGGGUGGCUGCUCUGUGCCUGAGGGACACUUUCCUGGUCACCUGGUGGAUAUCAGUGGGGCGGGGACCCUGUCCCAGAGCUACCAGUAUGAGGUGUGUCUGACAGGAGGUACUGGGACAAAUGAGUUCAAAUUCCUGAAGCCGGUCAUGCCCAGUCUUCAACUUCAGGAUGCUGGUUCUAAUAUGCAGGAAAAGGAGAACUUUCGCAAUAGUCUUGGAUUUAAUAUUCAAUAAAAAAAAAUCUCCUAUAAACUCUUAAUAUUUUCCUCUUACUGACAAAUUGCAGAUGCUUUUUUUUUUCUUGAUGUGCAAUGGAUUUUAGGUUUUACUGGUGUUGCAUGCAUUUUCAUUUUACAUGUUUUUCUCACAGUUGCUAUGGGGCUCUAGUGAUGUGACGAAACAAUCUGCACCAUUUGUUUCAUUUAUUUUGAAGUUUUAUGUUAACGGUUCUGCUGUUUGUUAUGCAAGACACAGAAAUGGAAAUACUAACUAAAGUAUUUAGAGUAAAUGCGUUGAGCUGGUGGUUACUGUACCUGGUAGAGUCCACAAGCAGGCAGCUCUGGGUGGAUGAUCUCCAACAAAAGAAAGGGAGGAAGGAAGGGGAGGAGGGAACUAAAAGGGGCAAAUGUCGCCGUAUACGGGAGUUGCUCCAAUACACUAUUAAAACCCAGCAAGCAGAGAUUUUAAAUGUCACUGCAUCUGGGUAGAAAUUAUAUUGUAUCAUUUGUAGUAGUCUCUGUUAGAUUAUUUCAUCAUAAAAGAUUUUUUAAAAUGAUGCCCCUCCAUGUCCAGUCCCAGAGGCCUUUGUGUCCUUAUGUUUUCAAGAACUGAUUUCUGUUCGUGUGACCUGCAUUAAAUACUGACUGCUUAAGUAGUUUUUCCUUAUCUAUUUUCUAAUGAUGCUUUCUAAUUCUCAAAAUAUUCUAGGUCUUGAUACUGCUGUUUUCUUGUUUUUAAAUAGACAAUGUUUGCUUGGUUAAAAUUUGUGGUACUCUAUAUCUGCUUAAAGCAGGUAAUAAGAUCAUAAUCUUGUUCUAAUUAAAAUAGUCUUUUACCAGAAAAGAACAGGA